AUGGAACUUACUAUGAAAUAAAAGGGAAUAAUUACCCUGAUAGGAGGGUUCAUGUUAGAACUAGUAACAGGAACAGCUUUUUUGUGGGGACAGUUCAAUGUUUAUAUAACUUCUUAUUUUAGAUAAAAAGAUGAUUCAGGUUUAGAAUUAAGUGUUGGAGGGGCUAUUUUUCCUGUUAUGAUGGCUUCUUUGGCUUUAGGUAUACCUAUGGGGAUCAAAGGAAUCAAAUUUUUUGGCUCAGCUAGACUGUGCUGUAUUUUUUGUUCUUUUUUCGCUGCAUUAUCUGUAUUUGUUGCAAGCUAUACUCAAAAAUUUUGGUAAUUUGUCUUAAUUUAUGGAGUCGUCCAUGGGAUUGCCUAAGGAGCAGUUUAUUUUAUUCCUAUCUACAUGGGAUAUUUAUUCUUUCCCACUAAUAAAGGCAUGGUUUCUGGUAUUGUAACUUGCGGAUUCGCGCUAACAUCUUUCGCUUUUGGCAUGAUCUUUUUUGCUAUUGUAAAUCCUAAUGGAUUAGUAUAAAUCCAAGACAGUGAUGGCUUUUCAUAUUUCCAAGGACCUUCCGUCUAAGUAGCUAAAAAUGUACCUGAAUCUCUAAGAAAAUUGAGCUACAUGUAUGUCUGCAUAGCAUUUUUUUCUUCCUUGCUGAUCCUUUACCAUCCAAACUAAAUUGGAGAAGAAGAAAAGAGACUUAAACUAGAGUUAAAGAACAAGUAAGAAGAAAAGAAAAUCUUAGAGUCAAAUCUAAGUAGACUUUAGCAAAGAGAUGAGUAAUCGAUUCCAAAACCUGAAUAAAUAAAUACAGAGAAAGUAGAAAAUUAAUAAAAUGAAAUGUCAAGUGUAAGGAAAAGCAUUUAGCUAUUUAACAAAACUAUAGGAAUCGUAGAUUUAGAGUAGCAAGUUAUUAAGAAAAAAAUAGAAUUAACUUAGAAAUAAGAAAAAUAACAAAGCUAUCGCAUCAUUUUGCCUCAUCAAAAUAUUCAAAACGACAAAGAAAUUUAACAAUAUAAUUAACUAUUUUAAAAUAAAAUGUAUUCUAAUACAAAUGAAAAGAAAAACUAUAACGAAAAUGAGCAAAGUGUUAAUUAUGAGAAUAAUUCUUUACUUAGGGUAGUUUCUAAAGACAUUAAAGUCAUGGAUUUGAAUAAAAGAAUUGUUUCUAUUGUUUAAAAUUAAAAUGAUGACAGAGCUUAAGACAAACCCUAACACACAAACGAAUUAGUUUAGGAUUCAUCUAUAGAUCACAUCUCAAAGAUUAACGAUGACAUCAACUAGAAAGAGAAUUAAGUGUAAGACGAACUUUAAUCUUUCUUUUCCUUAGAGAUGGAAAUUGAAAGAUUGAAUAAACUAGGUGCGCCUUCAGUUUUAGUGGCCUUCAAAUAACCAUAAUUAUAUGUCUCCUUCCUUUUGGGAAUCUUAGCUAUUGGCUUUGGGGUUCUCAUUAAUGGAAAUUACAAAUCAAUAGCUAAAGACUAUGGAUUUACUAAUGAUAGCUAUUAAACACUAGUAGGAUCCCUUGGAGGUAUAGCUAAUGGGUUUUCAAGACCACUAUGGGCUAGCUUACUAGAUAAAUUUACAUUUAAGCAUGUUUUAAAUGUGAUCUUAGGUAUUUAAAUAGUGUGCAUUUUCACUAUGCGUUUGACCAGUACAAGUUAAAUUUUCUUUAUUAUUUGGGUAUUCAUCACUCAUAUGACUAUGGGCGCUGUUUUAGGAAUGUGGCCUGUCCUUUCUGCUUAGCUAAAUGGAGUCAAAGUAGGGUCUUAGCUUUUUGGGUUAUAUUGGUUUGGUUUUAGUAUGGCGACGAUGAUACAGUUUUUGAUCGUGUUGGGACUCAAAAAAUCGAUCGGGUUUGAUAACAUAUAUUAUAUUUAUGCUGUUUAAGCCAUAAUUUCUGUACUGAUAAUCUAGUUCUAUCCCUUCAAAGUCAAUUGGUCUAAAUAUUACAUGAUCAAGCAAAAAAAAAUGGAGUUACCAACAUUAAAUGAUAAUCAAUUUAAGGAAAUUUAAUAAAAAUCAUGA